AUGAUCCUAGUCACACAACCCCGCCAUCCGAACAAUCCCCGAGCAAAGCGAAACCGGGUUGAUAUUCGUCAGUCAGUGUACCUACUACCUGGUAAGUUAGUCGGGACUAGGUACCACUACCUGAUCAAUGUUGGCAUGUCCAAUUUGCCUUGCCGGAACCAACUUGCCGUGGGUGGUCUGGAAGUACUAUUGUUAUUCCUGGGAGGAGUAUCCCAAUACGAUAACGCACGUGGUUCCCUUCCAUCCAUGGAUAAUACUGUACACUCUGGUUACUGA